AGAGUCUAAAAGCAGUUGUGGAGAACAUCAUGCUGGUUAAGGAAAAGGUGAAGGAGAAGCUCCGGCUGCUGGGCACCCCUGGGUCCUGGAAUCAUAUCACUGAACAGAGUGGGACUCAUGGCUAUCUGGAACUGAACCACCAGCAGGUGGAGUUCCUGAUCAAGAAGAAGCAUAUCUACAUCCCCAAGAACAGUAGGAUCAACUUCACCUGCAUCAACGCCAGGAACAUAGACUACAUCACGCAGAGCAUCCACGAGGCUGUGAUGCUAACCCAAGACCGAGAUCUUCUGAAAAUGACCCAGUUGGAAUAAAGCUUUUGUC